GGAUGGGGAAAGUGGCCUUCUUGGUUUUGUUGGACUACACUUCCCAGCAAUCAAUAUUUGGUUGUCACCGUCUGGCUGAUUACCUAGAAGGAGUGAAGAAAAACCUUGAGGGAGCUGCUAAAGUACUAAAGGAGAAUUGUGAAAAAAACCUGCACAGUGAAAGCUGCUACAAACUUGGAGCUUACUAUGUGACUGGAAAAGGUGGACUCACUGUGGAUUGGAAAACUGCCUACAACUGUUUUUUGAAGUCAUGUGAGAAAGGUGGGAAGAAAUCCAUUGAUGCUUGUCAUAAUGUUGGACUGCUGGCACAUGAUGGCCGGGGAAAUGAUGAUGAGAAGCCCAAUGCACUCCUAGCCAGGGAUUAUUAUAGUAAAGCUUGUGAUGCUGGUUUUGCUCCGAGCUGUUUCAACCUUAGUACAAUAUAUCUCCAAGGAGCCCCUGGGAUAUCAAAGGAUAUGAACCAGGCUUUGGAGUAUUCUCUAAAAGCAUGUGACUUGGGACACAUAUGGGCAUGUGCUAAUGCUAGUCGAAUGUACAAGCUGGGGGAUGGUGUGGAGAAGAACAAUGCUAAGGCAGAAGCCCUAAAGAAUAGGGCAAAAGAUCUGCACAAGGAACAACAAAUAGCUUCGAGAUCCUUAACAUUUGGAGAGUAAACUCAGUCAAAUGAAUUAGUUUUCUCAAGAAGCAUACUUUGUUAAAUGGUGUAUAAAUUUAUCCUGUAAGUCCAAUAGAUGCAUUUGUGUGAACAGGUGUCUCUUUUUACAUGUACAAAUUGUUAUUUCGUAAACACAAUAAAUAACAUGGACUUUGUGUGUGUAGCUCAGUCUUUAGAGGAGAAAAUGUGGGAAGGUCAUAUUUAAAACUAGAAUGUGAAAACUGUUAUAAACUAAACAUAGUUCCUGAAUGCAUCAAGUUUAUAUGCACAGACUUAACAAUGGAGUGGAACUUGUUCUUUCUGAAUAACAGCUCUCUUCUGCAGCAAGCACCUUAUUCAGUUUCAGAAAGCAGGGAUGGUGCUCUUUACAAAAAGAACCCACUCUGUGCAUGAGAUCCUUUGCAGAUAUAUGAAAGAAUGUGCUGAUAUGCUAUUAAAGCCUAAAACACUUCAGUACUAAAUACAUUAAUUGGGAAGCCUGUUCUGUUAAUUUCAGUGGCACAAACUUUGAGGGGAAUAUGUUUUGGAUCACAGCAUGAGUGAUAUUGUAUAUCUUACGUUUUCCUUUUAUAAGGGGAAAAGUAUGCAAAAACAUGACCUUUUUAAACAUACAAUGUCUGUGCAACUCUUGCAUGCCCUUUUCACUAAUUAUUCUGUGGUCUAGGUGAAGCUGAAGAAAUUAAUUUUAGCUGUGUUGUUUGUAACAGUAACUGAUAGAAAUCAUCUUGCAAAGAAAAAAAAACCCGCUUAUGAAAGUUGCUGAAAGAAGGGACCCUGAUUAUCAUGUUUCAUUUUAUCAGGCCCAAUAAAAAUAAUACUGAGCAAGACACAAACAUGCACUUCCAUGAAUAAAUAUGUGAUCUGGGUGCUCACAAAUACAGCUGACACCUUGUCCACUUGUGAUCAUGGGAAUUAUGCCAGCUCUAGCAGUAACUGCGCAAGGCAGGGUAAUAUGUUUCUCCAUAUGAUAGUCUAGCCUGUGGAUAGUUAAGAAUGCUUAUGUAGAAAACAAAAUUGUGUUCAUCAAUCCUCAAACUUGUACACAUCACUUUAAAAACUAUUUUGAUUCUGGUGCAUUUUCUCAAAGGUGAUUCUGAAUGACAUUCAACAGUCCUGGUUUGUAUUCUAUUCAGUUUAUUCAAUGCUUCGUUUAGAUUCCUACAUAUUUUCAAAAGGAUUGCUUUAAUAGCUGAAUCUGUGAUUCAUUGUGUAGGAUCAGUUUAUGACACUGAAUCAGUUUCAUCUUUGAGAUGCAACAUCAAGAUGUCCUGUUUAUUAAUUUAAUGAGCUCCUUCAGAAUAGUAUGCUUCUACAUUUUUCUGUCACUAGGUGGUGCUGAAGUUUUAAAAUUCACAUUAGAUUAAGCAUAUCAUUCCCAUGCAUUGGCGUAGAUAAAGCACACCUUUAUUUCUCUUUAGGAAUGGUGAUUUGAAUUCUGAGAACAAGUCCAUUUGUUGCAUAAUAUAACUGUGAGUGCAAUUUACAAUAAACAGAUUUGGAACCAAAUAAUAUUGUAUCACUUACAUCUCCCAGGUGUAUCUACAUUUAUUAUGUGCAUUACUUAUAACCUGGAUUCUGUCAUGAAACUGAAAAUUUUAUGAAUUGUUAAACCAAUUUCUUAAUAUCAUAGCUCAGUACAAAUAAUUCUGGGAGUUACAUCUUGUCAAAAGACAGGCCUCUGGAAAGGCAAAAAUGUUAAGUUUCGUUUCCCAGCUGAAGGCAGUUAGGGAGGCCUGAAUAGAAACACCUGAUUAUCUUUGCUAAUCAGUGAGAGCCUGGUACUCUAGGACAUGCAGGCCUGUGAAGGUUAAGAACACAGUUGGGAGGGGGGCCUGCAAGGUGCGAAAAACUGAAGAAGCAUCGAGAAGGGAUUACAUCAGAAAGCCCCUGAUUAGUUAAUUAAUUCUGGACAGUUGGGUUUCUUUUUCCUUAAGUAUAGGCCUUGAGACCCAUAGCCUUUGUUCCCCUGGAGGGGUUCCCCUUGAGGGGUUCCCCUUGAGAGGUUUCCCUUGAGAGGUUUCCCUGGAUGAUGCCUAUGGGUGUCCAUCUUGCUGGUGGUCACCUAAGUGGGGUUCCAUUGUUUUGUACCUGAUGCUAUUCUCUCUGAGGAGAGAUGAGAUUACAACCAACUACCUCCUAAAUAAGUAGACAGGCUAGCUAGGUUGUUAUUUUCUUGUUGUGUGUGUGAAUUCUCUUAUGUAUACCUAAACCCCUGAUUGGGUGUGUGGUUUUGAGGAAUUGUUUUGCUGCUAUAUUUUAAUGUGCACUUAUAUUUUUGAAUAAAGCUACUUCUAUUUAA